AUGCACAGUGUGGCCAACUUCUUCUUCACAAUGAUCUCAAUCAUCUUCUUUUUCAGUGAAACACCCAUCUCUCCGGCUACAGUUGUGGCGCCUCUCAUUGUAGUGAUGAGCGUGCAAAUAAUCAAGGACGCCGUCGACGACAUUGGACGACAUCGAAACGAUAACAAAAUCAACGACACUCUCUUUCCCGUCUGGGUACACAAGACACAGGGAUAUGAAACCGAAUCUUCUUGGGUCAACGUAAAAGCUCGGAAUAUUCGAUGUGGUGACCUUGUCCUCUGCAGGGAGGGUGAGUCAUUCCCCUGUGAUACUCUCCUUCUUGCUUCCAGUAAUCUGGAUGGCAAAGUAGCAAUAACGACUGGCAAUCUGGACGGGGAGUCCUCUGUUAAGACCCGCUUCGCGCUGCCAGCCACACAAAAACCCUUUGAAGUGCUUUUGAAGGAAUUCAGCAGUCCUGGAACUCUUGGGAGCGUUUUCGGGAAUAUUAACUUCCCGCCGGUUGCUCAUGUUGUAUGUCAGGAGCCUACAGAUGACUUCGGAACAUUUGAGGGAAGACUGGAAUACGCCAACCGCAAUGUCACAGACGGCCUGCUGUCGAUUCCUCUGACAAUCGAAAAUAUCGGCCUCCGAGGUGCAACCCUGCGAAGCAGCAGCGUCGUCUGUGUCGCUAUAUACACCGGCAAGGAUACAAAGCUCUCCCUGAAUGCUAAAAGUGGCCACCUGAAAACCAGUUCAACAAAGCAUCGAUUCAAUUCCAUUCUCCUCAUCUUUAUACUAGCAAUGCUCAUCUUCACAGUUGUUUUUGUCGGCGUUGAGUACGCCUGGCAAAAUACAGUUUCAGGUUCCGGCUGGUAUCUCGUCCACGGUCAGGUAACGGCCUGGAAAGUAACCCAGGGGGCCUUUGACGUGGCCAUUCUCAUGAAUUACCUGAUCCCCAUAUCAAUGAUAGUCAUCAUGGAGAUUGUGCAGUUAUUUCUGGCCCUUUAUGCGGCCAAUGAUAUCGCAUUUCACGAUAAGGAGUCAGGUGAACGCUGUCAGGUGAACGCCACCAAUAUCGCCGAAGAGUUGGGCCAGGUGGAAUUCCUUUUUAGCGACAAGACUGGCACUCUGACGCAGAACAAAAUGGAAUUUCGGUGUUUUGCGUUGGCUGGCGGAGAAAGCAUAUACAGCCUUGAACAAAAUGGUCUUCAUCAAAUGCCUGUUGGAUCGGAGCAAUAUUCUGAUGCAGAAGCCUCGAAAGAGGAGGAGCAAUUCAUGGAUGUUGGCUAUGAGUCCUCAGAGGACGACGAAUCAGAUGCCUACCUGGGAGAUUCUGAUAGCAAGACGAAGCAUAAAUCUGGACAUUGGAGUACCGGUGGGGAGCUAGUGGAGGCAUAUUCAGAGGAGAUGGAACUCUUUUGGAGAGUAGCCACUCUUUGCCAUUCCGUGGAAGUGAAGACCUCAAGGGGAACUGAAGAACAAAAGUAUGAGGACAUGUGUUACAGUGUAAGUGUCGGUGUCAAGGUCGGCAUGCUCAUGACUAUCCUACCAGACCGUACUUCUUCUCACUCGCUUGGUUUGUCUCUUCUAGGCCGCAUCUCCCGAUGAACUGGCUCUGGUACAAGCAGCCGCCAAAUGCGGCUUUAUUUACAUGGGAAAGGAGUGUGCUGGGGAUGAGUGGGUCGACCUCGGACGUGAGACAGUCCACGCCCUAAGACUGACAGGGAUCGCGGAGAGACCUGAACACAAGCUAUUGCGGUUCUACCUUGGCGGCACGUUGGAAUUCGAUGCAACCCGGAGGCGGAUGUCUGUCUUGGUACAGUCAGUCAAUGAUAGCCGCUGUUUUAUCCUCAGCAAGGGGGCCGAGACUGCGAUGCUGAAGCAGCACGUAAGCCGUGAGCCAUUGAUUGCAAUCUCCUUUACCGUAUUUUACUGUGUUCAGGUGACUUUCUGUCAUUCCUAAUCUGUGCGGACCAGGCAAAUAAAGUCUAGUUUUCGCAAUUUAAAGUCUACCGAGUCACCUCUAGCUAAGUAACCCCAUCGAAAAUUCGUCAAAUGGUCUUUCCACUCAUGCCCAAGAAACAACCGAUAAUCUGUACAUCUAAUCAAUCGUGAUAUUGGAUAAUCGUCUACUCUUGAAGAAGGAGACACGAUCGCGGAGACAAGAACUUACUUCGCCUGACGUUUCGAAUUCCUGCUCGAACCCAUCAUCAGAGACAGCAGCAGAUACAGAUGGUUCAUGCGCAAGGGGCUGCAGUAUCUAUAGGAUGCAGUCGCCAUGCUACCGCAUGCCUAUGAACAUUCACGACUCCCCCUUCAUCCGGGAUCGUCGCACUUGGUGUGCUAAUUGCUUGAUGGCCGACAUGUGCGUCGUUAAUUGCUGCAAUUCCAUUACAUGUGCUGGAUGUUGGUGUGAUGAUUGCUCGACCAUCUGGCUCAGCAACCCUGGUGUUGGGAAAAGUGUUCACCUGUGCUCUCCCCGCGUGGCUUAUUCUUCCGCCUAGGCGAAGUCUCAGGACUGAGUAUGGAAGGGGAAAGUCAUUGCACUUGUUAAUGGACUGCGGACCAGUAAACCAUGACUCAAGCAGUUCCCGGCUCACUCGGUUGUCACCUCUUGCGAGAAUUUCGGCCUCUUCGAAUUUAAAUGUGUGGCCGGAUGUCGUCGAAUGAGCCGCAACUUGAGAGCUGGCGUCAUUUCUGCGCACGGCUGCAGCGUGCUCGGCCAUUCGCGUUCGGAGCUAUCUUCCGGUUUCUCCGACUAAGGUACUUUGUCCGCAACUGCAUCAGAUCCGAUAAGCGACUUCCGACGUUUCUUGCCGUGACAGCGGGUCUUUUGGUCUCAUUACCUGACGCUAAUGGUUACCUCCGGUCUGUGUGCAACUCCAAUCCCAAGUGAUGCGAGAAGGCGGCCGACAGCUUCCGAAACGUUCGUCAAGGGCGACUGACCUAGCAGCUCGACCGUCACAUGUAACGAUGCCAACCACACUCUCCAGGGGGUGGACGUAUCGCCGGUGACUUGAAUGUGGAUGAGGUUUUAGUGGGACGGACUUUUGUCCCAUCCACCGCAGACUCUCUCUCGGUCUUCCCCCGCCCACCCUGCUCCAGUAGCCAGACAAUUUUGAGAUUACCAAAUAUUCCCAGUCAUGGUUCUCACCUCAACUAUCCCAAGGUGCCAAAAAGGCACCUCGGAUCUUGUAUCAGUUAGAAUGCUUAAAAGGAUGCAUUGAGGUCAAAUCCACAGUCCUCGUCGCGAAGACUGAGUUAUCUCGUCAAAUGACAAUCUUGAAAGUCACGCCUCUUAGCCUGCCGAGAUAUAAUCAAGCGUAUGUGGUUUAUUUUGACGAGGAGGACGAGGACUAAGUAUGGAAGCGGAAUCGUCUAAGUAGGCCUUACUUUCUCUUCCUCUCAUGUGCCAGUCGAAUGCCCGAGUCCGUCAGUCAGGAUUGACGCAGUGGCUGGCACAAGCCGUCUACACGUGCCACACACGAGCUGGGUCUCGCAGUGUGCAUAUGUACACUUUAGGACAACAUACACGAGUGAGAGCAAGUGGUGGGUAGCCUUCCAUGCUCACUGGUGCAAGGGCCAACAAUGCACGCAUUAGUGAUCUGUACGUUUAUUUGUUUACAGUGCGGGCGACUUUCACAGCACCUCUUUAGCUCCAUGUUCUUCUCUCAUCAGUAUCGGUAUGCCACGAUGAACAUGAGCACCAAAAGCGGGCGUUAUGGUCUGCCUUCUUUACUUAAAAUCCCUUUCACUGCGCGUAAACGCUGAUUGGUUCAGCAUGACGCUGUCUGCCUGCGGAGAAUCUGAUAAGGACACCAAUCAGAAUUCUCAUUGGGAACACCCUUACACCGAAAGUGCUUCCAUUCAGUAUAACGUCCUUUCGGAGGUUGGUUUGAUAAACUAGGUGGAGACUUUUGUUGUUUUUAGAUGUGCUCCGGGUCUCCGCCCGAAAUUCGCGAAGAUGUUACCCGCCGAGUCAAUGAAUUUGCCUCGAGAGGUCUUCGAACUCUGGUCUUUGCUGCCAGAGAGGUUUCCCCGAGUGUCUACCGGACCAUGAUCGGCGAGUUGAAACGCGCUCAGGGGCUCACAGGUCAAGAGAGAGCACAGGCUCUGGAGAAGGUGAGCGCAAACAUUGAGUCGCGUCUGCAGUUGGUGGGAGUCAGUGGAGUGGAGGACAAACUUCAGCCUGGCGUCAAGCAAUGUCUCCGGAGCCUUAUUGCUGCUGGAAUUCAGGUAAGAAUGAAUGUAUGCGGAUAGGCAGAAUGAUAUAACCGACAAAGACAAGGGAGACUGGAAUGGCCAUUUCUGGCUUAUUAGCCAUCGUCAGCCAGCCAUACCCAAGCCCGAAGUGUGGAACACCCGAGCCUCGAACUUGCGACCUGUUGGUUUAGAAGUCAACGCCUCUACUCACCGGGCCACGAGCCCGUUGCCUUGUCGGUUUUUGAUCAGGAAUAUACAGUGUGAGGGGGCGCUCACCGAUCGUUCAUACGGAACUCACUCGUUCCGUUGUGCCUUAAGGACUCUCUCUCGAGCCCAACCAGCAGCCGCACAGCGGCGCAUGACAUAUAGGCAGAAUGAUAUGAUAUGAAAUGGCCAUUCCAGUCUCCCUUGUCUUUGUCGGUAAUAUCAUUCUGCCUAUAUAUCAUGCGCCGCUGUGCGGCUGCUGGUUGGGCUCGAGAGAGAGCCCUUAAGGCACAACGGAACGAGUGAGUUCCGUAUGAACGAUCGGUGAGCGCCCCCUAACACUGUAUGCGGACAAUUGCAUAACGGGGUUAGUAUUGGCAUUUAAGGCAAUUUUUGAGCAAGAGGAGACGAAUGUCAUCUGACGGUCUGGACCCCAUGUCCGGGUGUCCAACCAGACUCUUUGUGCCGUUGGGAAUUCAACAUACAGUGCGUGACCGAUCUCAUGAAAUGUUGGAAUGCGUUUCCUACUAGGAAGGAUUACUUAAGUAGGGUAAUUAUACUGAUUAUCAUACUGCAUAACCCUGUAAAAUUUUGGAGUUGCCAGGAUGUCGGCUUCUGAAUGCACUUCCUUUUGACCUCCUGCAGAGAGCACACUCGGCAAAAAUGACUACUUAUGUAGCAUUCAUUUUUCAUAUUCACUUUUUAUAGUCUUGCGAAGUCAAAUAUAUUUUACAGAACACAUGCACGAAAUAUACUUUCUUUCUCCCGUUUGGUAGGAAAUCACAUUAUCUUCAUAUUUUUUGUUCGAAGAAAGUGUGUAGUGAGGUUUGAAAAAUGUUUUUUACUAUGAGAUUUUUAAGACCGUGCGAUGUACGAGCAUGCAAGACAGCACAUGACCCUUUACUAAUGCUCCUUAUGAAAUGUACAACACAGUCCCGAUCCAUUGCAAAAUUUCAUGAACUCUAUAUGGUAUCUUCCAAAAAGCAUAGGGGAAUAUAUGAUUUUCCUUAGGCGGAAAGCAUGAGACUUGUAGAAUGAAACUGCCUAACGCUGAUCCAAUGGCAGAUCAAGCUAAAAAUUAUUCAGGAAAUGUGAAACUUUUUCAAAACUUAAAUAUAACCUCUUUCCGGACAUAAUAUAUGAAGAUAAUGUGAUUUCCCACCAAAUGUGCAUGUUGUCUAUAAAAUAUAUUUGAAUAUAUAAGACUGUCUAAAAUCAAUAGGAAAAAUAAAUGCUAAUUAAGUAGUCAUUUUUGCCGAGUGUUGUUUCUGCAGAAGGUCAAAAAGAAGUGCAUUCAAAAGCCGGCAACCUGGCGAGUCCGAAGUGUUAUAGGGUUAUGCUGUAUGAUGAUAAGUAUAACAGGCUCACUAAAAUAAUCCUUCCUAAUAGGAAACACAUUCUGGAAUUUUGGCCAACAUUUCAUGAGAUCGAUCACGCACUGUAUCAUUGGAGGCAACUAACAAUCGUCUGUCACUGCGCUCGUCCACAUCGAUUUUCGAUGGUCUUGUAAAUUCAAGUAUAUUUUUACGAAGCAUUCACAAAAAUAUUCUUCCUUUUACUCGUUUGAUAUAAAAUCACAUUGUUUUCAUAUUUGAUGUCCGAAGAUAGUGAACAUUUAGGUUUUUAAAAAGUUUCCCACUUCCCGCAUAAUUUUGAGCUUGAUCUGUCGCUGCAUUAGCGCUUAGCGAUUGCAGACUAAAACGUGCGUGUUUUCGCGCAAAGAAGAUCAUAUAUUCCUCAAUUUCUAUAAGAAGAUACCCCAUAGAAUUAAUAAAAGUUUGCAGUGGAUGCGGACUAUGUUGUCCAUUUCCUGAGGGGCAUUCGUACACGGACAUGUACGAUGUUGUAUGUAUGGACAUCGCAUUGUCUUAAAAAUCGCAUUAUUAUAAUUUUUUUAAAACCAAAAGAUAAUCUUCCUUAGAAUACAAAAUAUGAAGACAAUGUGUUUCUAUACCAAACGAGUAGAAGAAAGAAUGUUUUUUGUGUAUGCUUCGUAUAGAAUAUAUUUGAAUUUUUAAGACUAUCGAAGAUCGAUGGAUAAAAUGCAUGCUACUUAAGAAGUCAAUUUUUACAGAUUGCGGUUUCUGCAUGAAGCCAAAAUAAAGUGCAUUUAAAAGCCGAUAUCCCGUCAUGUCCGAAAUACUCUAGGGUAAUAUCACGCAAUAAUCACUAUUACAAACCCAUCUAAGUAAUCCUUCCUAAUUGAAAAGGCAUUUUACAAUUUCGGCCAACAUUUCAUGAGAUCGGUCACGCGCUGUGUCUUCUCUAUUGAACCAUCUAUUAAAACUCUUCACACAAACGCAGUUCACAUGUUACGCCAUGAGAACUGGACUUAUUUAUUCGGGAACACAUUGGUCUUUAAAUUCCACAGUAAAAAACUUUUUUAAACCGAAUUAUACUCCUUUUUUGAGUAUGAACUUGAAAGAUAACGAGAUUCUUUACCGAAUAAGUGAAAGAAUGAAUAUUUUUAUGCAUGUUUUCCAUGAAAUAUAAUUAAAUUUUAAAGGGCAUCGAAAAUCAAUGAGAAAUUUGCAUACUAAUUAAGUAGUCAUUUUCUGCAGAGUAAAGAUCUUGCCUGCAGCUGAAAACAAGUUCUUUCGAAAGCCGACACCCUGAGGUAAGUGGGUCAUUAUAGAUUUAUGCAGCAGUAUGAUUAGUUCUACAACACUACUUAAUUUAUCUUUUCGAAACGAGAUCGCAUUUCGAAAUUUGGUCGACAUUUCAUGAGUUAGCACAUUUACUGCAGGUGCCCAUGCAACGGUAGAUUAUCGGCGAAAAGUGUGAAUGGGCAUUAAGCCAAUGACUGUGCCGUCAAUGUGGUAUCCUUUUAUCCAAAUUUGCUCGAUAUUAUCCCUCAUAAUCACCAGGUGUGGGUACUGACGGGUGACAAGGAAGAGACAGCCAUCAAGAUCAGCCAGACAGCUGGUCAUUUUUCGCGCCGCAUGAAGCUGCUACGCCUGACCCAACACCAGAGCGUGGAUAGUGUGGCGCGGGCCAUCUAUAUGCACUUGAGGCAAAUCCGGGAGACGGAGGCAUCCAAUGCGAACCCCGGUUCCCGGCGGGAACCCUUUGAGACCUCCAGCACACUGACCUCAGCGCCUUUGGAAGGCCCAGAUUCUAUCAGCUUCACAGCCGCCACUUGCUGCGGUGGUCGCUGGCUGGAAAAGUUGGGACGUUGGUUCAGUCAGGCAAGGAUUCUCGGCCACCGUAAAGAAGGUGGGCGCUGCAACGGGCAGCGAUGCCUCGGAUUAGUAAUUGAUGGACAGACGCUGCGCUAUGCGACCUCUGUAAGUAUCUUCUGUCGUGAGUUAUCUAAACUCUGAUAUGCUUGGGGUUUCCCGCGUGGAGGCGAUAAUUGUGCUGGCUGUUCGGAAACCAGCCAAAAAGUGAUUAUCUAUGAGAAGUGAGUAUUCCACUCUGCGUUUACAAGGCGCUAACUCCUUACAUGUUGUUCCUGGAGCCAUGGUGUACAGUGGUACCAUGCUCUGGCAACCACAGUCAGUGAGUGAUUUCAUGAAAUGCUGACUGAAAUUCCAAAAUUUGGUUUUGACUGGAGAAGAGGACUUAAGUGCGGUUCUAAUACGGCAUAGUUACAUGAUACCACAGGCAGGCUAGGACGUUGGAUUUUCAAUGCAUUCCUUUUCGGCCGCCUACAGAAUCCGCACUCAGUAAAAAUGACUACUUAUAUGCUAUGCAACCAUUCUACCAAUUUUCGAAUUCCUCAUAAAUCCGCAUACAUUUUAUAGAAAGGAUGGAUAAAAUAUUGUUUUUUUGUGUUCAGCUGGUGGCAGAUCACGAAUUCUUCAAAUUUUAUACCUGAAGGAAGGUUAUCUUUCGGUUUUAAAAGGCUUGCAACUAUGAAAUUUUUUAGACUUUGAAAUUUUCUUGCACACUGCAUUGUACCUGUACGUUAAUAGUAGGUUUUAUGACGCAUAAUGCAUAUUUCCCAGCCACCUCAAAAUAUUAUGAGCCCUAUUUGGUAUAUUGUUAAUGGCAAUGAAAAAUAUAUGAGUUUCCCAUAAGGAAGUAUGCUGCUUGUCGACAGAAAACCCAUAAAGCAAAUAGAACGAUGGGCAGACAUCAAAUUAUUUUAAGGAUCGAAAGAAAUGUUUUUUUAAAUGUUAAUAAAUCUGUUUUUCUUAAGAACAAUUUGAAGAAGACGCUGUCUUUUGUCAGCUGAAUAAAAGAAAGAGUCAAAAGAAGAGGGUGCGUUCACCGGGAGGGGUUUAUUGGAGGUUCGACGUUUCGAGUAGUUGGUUCGUCUAGGCAUCUUCAAGACCGGAAAGUCCUGCGCACAGCUCCCCUUAAAAUGGCGUCCUUUGUCCAAUGCGUGAUCCGCCAAUGCCGCCUGUGUGGCUGCAUCCAACCCCAUGUCACCGUUACCCGUCGGGCCGCCCCCGUCGGCCGCAGAGAUGACUGACGGCCCCGAUUGUCCCGCGCCGUGACUGUCCCCCACUAAGAAGGUUCGUAAAACCAGAUAGGGGGAAGGCAAAUUGAUGUGGUGGUUGACAGAGCGGUCGGUGGACAUACAGGCUUCUUGCACUUGCCUUGCUGUGUGAUCACCAUCCCCGGCCCACAAUCUCAACGGCGUCAAAGUUGAAGACGUGUCCCUUUUGGGCGGCAUGGCUUGCUGCCUCCGACUUCGGGUCCAACCUUCGCACGGCCAACUUAUGCUCGUGCAUUCGCGUUUGCAGCCGUCGGCCAAUUUCCCCAACGUGUUGCACCUUCCGCAGCCGCAUUGAAGUCGGUAGACAACGGCCGACAUCUCCUGCUUAGGAAUCGGAUCUUUUGGCAGCAUCACUUGCCGGCGGAUGGUUGAGUCAGGCCUGUGGGUAACACCUAUUCCGAGUGGCGCGAGUGAUCGAGCCACGGCUUCUCAGACCCCUUUAAUGUACGGAAUGCUCCGCCACGAGUUUGACUGACUAUGCUUUUCGUUCCGUUUUUUUUGGCUGCCUCCGGUGACAGGGCGGUCGACGGGAGCGAUUCAGGUCACGGUGACAUGCGGGUUGGAUGCAGCCACACAGGCAGCAUUGGCCGGUCACGCAUUGAGCAAAGGACACCAUUAUUAGGGGAGCUGUGCACUGGACUUCCCAGUCUCUAAAGAUCGGUAAACGAAUAAACUUAUCGAAACGUCGGAUCUCAAAUAAACCCCUCCCGGUGAACACCCCCUCUUCUUUUGAUAUGCCACCUGGGAAUCGCAUUUUCACUAUUAUUGAAAAGAAAGAGUAUUUUCUUGCAUGUUUUCUUUGAACAUCAAAUUUUGACUGAAAUUUUGAAAUUUGCUUCCGACUUGGAAAGACUGGUUGAGUGGGACUGUGAGUCUGACUGCUUGCUAUGCAUUCCAGAAAUAUUUCAUCCAAGCCAAGAUGAUGGCUUUCGAGUUCAAUUCUUUUGAGUCACCUGCAAAUCACGCAGUCAGUACAAAUUGACUGCCUAAGUUAUAUUUGGUUUCUCAUACAAUUUCCUAUGCCCUUAUAGAUUCAAAUAUAUUUUAUACGAACUCUCCAUAAAGAUCUCAUAUUUAUACUCAUCUGAUAAAAAAUAAUGUCUGUCCUAAAUGCCAUGCUGACUUGUAAAACCUCCUAAAAAGGAAAUGAGUACAGGGACCGCCUGAAAUCGUGGCGGCUUUUAGCAAUUUCUAGUGGAAAUAGGGUACAACGGGAUGAAUGAGUUUUGCAGCAUAAUCAGUGAGUUCCCCCAAUUAUUAUUAAGCGAUGAUAUAGGUCCGACGCGAAAAAAGUGCCCUUCCCCCGGACAUUUCAUGCACAUAAUAAUUUCUGAAAUUAACUGCUCAAAAUUGAAAUACGCAUACUUUUUUUACCAUGAGAUACAUACCUGUUUUUCCUAACCAGAAUGGCUGUUCUAGGGCGAUUUUGAGUGAGGACCGGAGAGUUUUGCAUACAGCCCGGAUAAGGGGCAAGAACAAACAACAUAAUCAUCAUCAUCAUCAUUAGGCAUAAUUGGCGAAACCUGUGCUUUCAUGCCAGACAAAACCCCUUACCUUUUUAGGGUUCUACGCGCUGCAAACCGACUAAACGCGCGAACCGACUCUAAACAAUGUGGCUAUCAGCCAAACGACUUGUGUUUCAUGUAUUUUUGGUUACACACACACACACACGACAUGUUAUCAGCGUCUGUUAAAAUGUGAGUGGGAAUUUCCAGCUGCUUCCACGCCCUAAAGGUGGUAGCCAGUUGAGUGUGUGUGUGUGUGUUUGGAUGGCAGUUGCCGCACAAAAAAUAAGCACACAUAGAAGUUUGGGCGUGGUACGCUGAUGCUGCCUAUCUUACAGCUUCUGCGCCCCGUCAUCAUCGUAAUUUGACGAGAGUUAAGUCGUCGGAUAGAACUUUUAUAUGGUUAUACAUGUCGCGAGAGAAAUGGCGACUUUGAGUCAGCAUGGUGGUGGCGGCACAGGCCGAUUCGACCCGAAGGAUCAAAAGCGGGUUCAUGUUUCAUCUAGGAACUCCUGUUACAGUCUUCACACGCGGUCAUAUGACUGCUAGUAAUCAAUACUCCAGAGGUAUUGUUAUCGGUAAAACGUCAAAGCAAAUAGCCAUCUGUAGCCUGAAUGCCGUCGUCGGGGAAAAAACAUGUUAACCGAAGACAGUACGAGGCUGAGAUUUAGGCGCAUAUUCGGUCGAAAAUUUGGUCGAAUGCCCUGCUGGUUGAUUUGCGGACCGAAAAUUCGUUGGCUGUGAACAGGUGUUAUGACCCGGAGAAUGAAUUAGACAGCAUGGUGGCAAGUUCAAGGAACAAGGUCUUUAUUGUGUGAACCUAUGUAACACAAGGUUGAACGCGCUGAAUAUUACCUCACUACCCUCCUAAGGGUUCUAGAACACUGUGUACUUUGGCUUGACGGUCGCGGAUUGAAUGAUUCUUGCUCGAGAAUAACUACAACCUGGCCCUAUCUGAGACACUAAGCUCAGGUCAUCGCAGUAGAUCAAAAGCACGUAAAAUUUACUGUGAUUACGACGAUACAUGCAGAGGACUUUGUCCUGCUCUCUCUCCUCUCUCUCUCAUCAAGAGCCAAUGGCAAAUCCGCGUCCAGCUGAAGGUGUUACAUUUGCUACACACACUUCAGCUCCCACCGUUUUGGGCCCGACACACCCACAUGGCCUGUUUUGAAAGUCUACCUUUUUUCCCGCAUUGGGAUAGAUGACGAGGAGGUUAAAACAUAUUUUAUAUUGACGGAAGUCCGUACGUAUUACUAAGCAGUGCAAUAAGCUGCUCAACUGAAAUUGCAGGGAUAAUUAGCAUUGCCAGCCAGUCCAGAUUUACGUUGCAAGGGAUAAAAUGUCGGCACUUGGCUUAGCCUACUUGCAUCCGAAUGCAUUGGGGGAGAGUAAUGCUUGUAGAACAGCAUGAAGUGCUGAUAAACAGAACAAAAAAUUGAGUGAAGUUGCAUCAUAUUAAUUCACUGGGAAAGGUUGUCUAUUGGCGGCCUGACUCAGACCUUGCGGCCAAUGCGACGUGUCCUUGGGUGGAGUAGCCGAUUGGUGGAACGCGAGGAAGGCUCCAUAGGGCGUCCUUUAUGUAGUCUACGUGGCACUCCCACCCACAUAGCAUUGGAAUCGCUGCCUUGCCUUCGCCAAAACCCGGUACGUCGCGUGCUGCCAAGUUGCGUUUGGCACGCGUAGACGGACCGCUUGACAUUGUCGGUUCAAGUCCGCCUCCAUCGCCGUUAACAAUGGCCGAAAUGAAGAAUGACAUCUCCAAGCUUACUGGUUGACAGUAUUCUAUUAGGCUUAUUUGCGGAUUUUUGCGUUUCGGCGGCCACUCUUGACACAGUGUUGAGUCAAACCACCAAUCGUCGGGUGAACUCAUUUUUUCCAUUCACUGCCGUUUCUUUUAUAAACACCCGGCCGUAAAUUGCACUGAGGACGCAAUCUCAAAAAUCAGCCGCUAAACUGCGGCUCAAUGCUAAAGUGGACAACCACAGUUAUCGCCGCCUAUUAUAAAGGUAUUCGUAAAAUAAUAAUUCUGGAAGAUAGGGUUGUCUGAAAGGUGUUCCACACCGCGGGGCUGGGUAUGACUUUCAAUCAUACCUCAUUUUAGCGGUGAACAGAGGUAUUAUCCUGUAACGUUACGGUGUCUAUCCGAGGUCAGUGAAUGUUGUUGUAACCGAAGGCAUCCUAUACGAUGUCGAUGAACACCUUGACGUUUAUCACCCCUGCUGUUGAACGCGAGACCAGUCGCUCUCCGAAGUUGAUGGCCAUCCGAACCAUCAGGCGUUGACAAUUCUUGACAGUUUGUGUCGACAGAGUGUGUUCUCGUGGGACGUUCUUCCGAUAUAUGACUACCUAGGCGGACGCCGGAGGCUUGCUAAGAAAUAAGACCUCGUCACAAGAGUAAAUGCUUUUCCAAAACCAAAGUCUGUGAUCACUAUAUUUUAAAGCAAAUAAAAACUUCUCUUAUAAGUUUUCUACAUAAGAAUGGCUUUGUCAUAGCGUCUUGCUGAUGGAGGCCGAAUUCUUUCAUUCUUUUCUUAUUAUGCGCAAAGAAACAUUGACGAGUGUUCCUUGAAAAUAGCCCUAUGGGGCUUAUAAUGAUAAUUUUUCAGUGUCCGACUAAUGAAAUCGUAAUCUUGCUUGCGUGCGAUAGGUCUGGUCCACCUUGCGUGGCUCUAGGCACCGUUUUAUUAUUAAUGACUUUCCAGAGAGUAACGUGGUUAAUAUCGAAAAUACUAGCCAACGAUUCGACUGGCAGCCCUUCGGCUGGCAGUUUUCUAUUCAUUCAAAGUCAAUUACCGAUGGAAACUGUUUCGACAUUUUAGUUGCACGGCGUGGCACAGAAAAGUGGCAGUAUGUAGCGCGCAAUCUAUGUUUACGCGUUUGCGCCUAUUAGUUCCCGGUGUAGUGAAACAAAUGCAGUCGAACAAGCUUAUUACUGCGUUUAACGACAUUAAACGUUGCAAUUUUGCUAAGCAGAAUUUGUAAAGAACAAAUUAUCUUUUGUUUUAUGAACAGAAUGCGUGCUUACAUAUUUGUCUUGACCUGAUUUACAUGUACUUCAAAUCACACUUUUCAUUUCCAGGGCGGAUUUCCUUGAUACUUUUCUUCACUAUAUAAGUUUCCCUUUAUCGCAACGCAAAUAAAAAAGAGAUAAGAGAUUUUAGUCAGAUAUGGUUUUGUAGCCUCAACUGCAUUAAACCACCCGAGGUCACCUGUAAUACAGGACAGAUGGUAAUAGGGGGUUUUUACAGGUAGUGCCGGUGAACACACAGGCGACGAGGCCAAGUAAUUGUAUGCAAAAUAAAAUCCAUUUAGAAUGCGCGGUUAUAGUUUAAGUGGUUGAGAAAUAGUUGCUCUAGUCCCUAACAAUAACCCUAGCCUCUAAUUCCGACCCCUUACUUUAACUCCUAUCCCUAACAGUUAUGUGUUCAUCAGGUGGGACCGCAUAACCACAUCACCGGGAUUGAAAUAGGUGGUACCUGCUUGAAAAGGAAAGUACUUGGAUAUCUGGAAACUUCGAAAUAUGCCUAAUCUUGGCCUGUUUCCUUUUGAUGAGACAAACCUAACAUAAACUCUUCUUUAGAAAAGGACUUUUGGGGAGUUUUGCCACGACGUUAAACACUUCGUUGAGUCUCAUCAGCGGUCAGCUGACUGCCUCGGACAGGAGAGGGAGGAGAGAGAGUGAAUGCGGUACAGAGAAGGAAUUCGUCUUCUAGGUAUAGCAAUUUAUCUAUCACUAUAGUCAAUAUGAAGCGUUAUCUGCCGGACAGGAUGUCAGCUGCCGGGGUUACUCUGUCCUAAUAAAAAUUGAAGGCCAGGUUGCGAGGGUUCCCUUAAAGUGUUCACCUUGUAGCAGCUCUCGUUAAUGUUGGAUCCGUGAACUGUAAGAAGCGUGGUGUACGCUAGGUUGUGUGUUAAGCAGUGUGCGGAACUCGCAGAGGAUCUUGUAGCUCCGUCAACUGCUGCACCAGAAUUCUGGCCUGGACUAAGUCUCACGAGAGACGGGAUGAGGAAGCGAGGUUCAGGCUGCAGAUGUCUGAUCUGCUAUAAUCUGCUGAUGGUUUCACCGCACAGAGCAGUAGUAAAUCUAGUAGUAGGUGACUUUCCAACUACCGUAAGGACGUAUAUGCUUCUUGAUGGAGACGACAUCGAGGUCCGUACUAUUUUGAAGCGAAGUUGAAUAAACCAAAACAACACUGUUCUAAUCAGUCCGUGUAUCUGUUACUGCCCCAUGAUAGACUUUAUGCUUCAUAUUUAAAGAACCGUUUUCUCAAAUGCAUUAAUUAUCAUGGCUUUACUACAGUAGCUUUGGAAUAAUGAUACUGUUUUUGAGGAGCGUUGACUACAGUCAAUUCUUGCCACGGAAUUCGUCGGGUUUAUCGCAACUGGGUCUCAUAAACCUCAACCUCUGCUUAAAGGAAAUCUCGCGAGUAAGAAGUGCCCGAAUUUCAGCGAGGGGUUAUUUCACAAUUAUUUAUAUAAAAUAGGUCGGUAUAAAUUCACUUCAUCAUCGGUUGCGUAGAGUGUGUUGCCUUCUGCUUUCAUCAGUCGGAGGAGCCCACAGACGAUCUUCCUCACGCGUUCGCACAGCUGAUCGGCAUGCCCUGGUAUUUCACGUAAUGGUGUGCCAGAUAAAAAGGCUGGAGGCAGUCAGCGAUCCGUUUUCCCCCGAAGCAUGGCUUUUGGCUGCUGUAUGACUUUCCUUCUUACGUGGACUUUCGUAAUAAAGCGCUUAAGCCUUCCUCUUACUGCGUGGGUUCGAAUUCCGCCGAGGCGCCGACUUUUUCACAGAUGGGUCAAUAGGCAUUAUUAAAAAUCUGCCGAAAUAUCAAUGAAUUACGCGAGCCUGGUAGUCAUCUGGUGGAUUUUAGGCGAAUUACUUAGGAAAUCCUGCUUGGGCAGUCAACUUACUGUAUCAGAUUUGGUAGAUUCCAGAUGUUGCAGUAGGUUGGACGGGUAACUUGACCCAAAUGUGAUAAAACUCGCGUCGUCCGGCGGGGCCUCGUAGCUCAGAUGGUUUGAGCGUUGGCUGCGCUAAAGCCUUCCCCUUACUGCGUGGGUUCGAAUCUCACCGAGGCGCCGAGUUUUUCACAGUUGGGUCAAUAUGAAUUAUUGAAAAUCUGCCAAAAUAUCAAUGAAAACCGUUCUUAGUCAGUAAAUGUGGAGCUGAUUCAUUUGGGACUCAGUUGAAAGCCUUCAUACUGAUUAUGUGAAACGACACCAUCUCAUGAGCUGACAAAGGCUGUUUCAAAACAUCAAGCCUGUAUUGAUCAUCCAUGGUAUAAUCAGCAAGUCUUCCCACAAGUGGGACUUGUUUCUCGGCAUCACCCGCCCUACUUUAAAGAGAUUCAGUAGGCAUAAUUUUGGCAAAAACCGCACAGCACAGUUCAUCAACCAGCGUCUAAGAAGGACAAAAUUUCGUCCUGUAAUUUAACAAUCUGCUCUUUGAACUAAGGAUGUACUGCGCCGAGAUUUCCUGCGACUCUGUCUGGAAACGUCGACCGUUCUCUGUUGUCGCCUAACGCCCUACCAGAAGGCAGCUGUAGUCAAACUGGUCGCCGAAGGCAUGAAGGACGUGACUGGACAAAAGGCCCCUGUCACAGCUGCCGUCGGCGAUGGAGGCAAUGAUGUUGCCAUGCUAUUGCAGGCCAAUGUUGGGAUCGGCAUUUUUGGUAAUGAGGGCAGACAGGCUGUUCGUGCCGCAGACUACGCUGUUCCACUGUUCAAGUGAGUUUGAAGUAGUAUAGGUGUAGUUCAUUUUUCGUCAAAAUAAAAUUUCUACUGAUAUUUUCUGAAGUUCCACAGUGUAUGGAUGUUGAAAUUGGAGGUGUUUUCAACAAGGAUACAAGGAAAGGCCAAUACCUGCACUUAUUAAGAUCUGUGCCGAUACAUCGAAGGCGAACCUUGGUUUACACUCUAUUCCAACGGGCAAGUAACAUUUGCUCUAUUGAAAGGCUAGACGAUGAAAUUUCUUGCCUCAAAACAGCUCUGCUUAAAUAGGGAUACCCAACACGGUUGAUCGACAGUAUAGCAACACUUCACGGCCAAAAUUGACCGAGCAAUCAGUUCCGUAAAAGCCCGUUGUAAUGCCCUUACUCUCCAAGGGCGACAACAUCCCAAAAACCAUCAAGCGGUGAUUAAGAUGAGCCAUUGAAAGAAUAUACAACGCAGCUGAGCUCAUAUUCUACAGCUCUAAUAAGGUUAUUCGAGUUCUACGGGCGAAGGAUGCCUUGCACGCCACGUCAAAUUGUGUUUACGAAUUUACAUGCACUUGUGGAUGUAAGUACACUGAGCGAACGCAAAGACAAUUAGCAGCCAGGUCAGUUGAUCACCUGCCUAAAUGGCUUCUUAAACAGGAGACUAAGAUUUCAUAGUCUUAUAUUACAAAACACCUCCUUGAUAGCGGUUAUUCAGUUGACCUCAAAACAUAUUUUCGAGUAUUAUUUCGAGCACGAACAACUCGGUUACUGCGCCAUUUGGAGGCAGCCUACAUAAGGCGGGAGAAACCUGACCUAUGUAAACAGUUAGAGCACGUGGCCAACCUCAGUUUGCCCUGGUAGAUCUGAGCUCUUUGAUUUACGAAAUCCCCCGGCGUGCUAACUUUCCCAUUUUCUUUCCUAUGUUGCGUUUUCAACUUACUCUUUAAUUGAUUAGUCUACGUGCAGUAUACGAUGAGCAUGCUCUUUUACCUUGAUUUUCUCUGUGGAGGUUUAAACCUCUGUAUCUUUCUCACUUGUUAUCUGUGUUAUGCAAUGACAGGCUGUAGUUGAUAAGCCGUCGCGAAAUUUAUUGGUUCUAAUAAAUUCUGCUGUCUAUGCCUGUUUUAAAGUAGUAAUUCACUUUUCGACAACAUAGCAUUUCUACUGAUAUUUUCUGAGGUUCCACGGUGUAUGUAUGUUGACAUAUGACACUGCGACUUACGACUCCGGCCAUAUCCACCGUGGUGUGCCCCUUAACAGGUUGGGAACAGGGACGGUGACUUGCGUGUUGAUUAGUAGUUAAAGACUUGCGCAGCAUCUGCUGAACUCCCCUCGCUCUCUCCCUCCCCAACCUGGAAGUCAUAGGCACAACGUGGACCCGCACCUAGGUGUGCCUCCACACCCUCUGGUGCACGCAUAACGGACCGGGACUUCACACAAUCUGAAAAUGGCGGAAGGGCUACUCGGAUCCCAAGUGAGUGUGUGAGAAUGCGUGCCGUCCGUCCGAUACUAUCGUCGAGUCAAACCCCAUGUUGGAAGGAGAGGACAGACGGCACCCGAAUGAGGGUUUUAUUGUGCACAGAGCCCACAGUUGUCCUCUCAGGCGGCAGUGGCCGCUGGCGAAGUGUCGACUGCGUCCAAGCAUACCUGAGCGUCCUUGAGACAGUGGUGGCAGCCGCUUUGGUAGGCUUGUGGGCCAAGCUCAAGUGGUGGCCAGUCAGUGUGUGUUGCAUUUGCCGAGGGGUGGUGUCCCAGUGGCUUGGGUUGUGGUUGCAGGGGAGUGGGGUGCGUUCAAGUGACCUCAUGGGCAGAUGCGGCUGUGCGGACGCAGGUAUGCCCGAGCUGUCGGUUGUUUGACUCUAUAGGUCAGCGCGUCUGGAACGGCUCACUGCAAAGGCUUGAAUGACCUUGAGACAGCGAGUUCUUGAAAAAUGACGCCAGACCCACUACAAGCGUGAGGGCUGUUAAGCUCACAUUAAGAAGAGGCCACAUCAGCCAAAAUCUAGCAGCCUGCACACCACGACUGGGGAAUAAAAUUAAGCUUGCGCCCCUUGACUUUGAAACUUCCUUACACAUUGGUAAAGAAGACGGUGGAAUUUCCUGUGGGUUUGUGCGUGAAUCUACCGACGAGCAAAAUUUUAAAGUUCAACUUAAACGACUUCGUCUACGUAACGGCGCCAAAACACUGGUUCGCAGACGACACGUUCGUUAUCGUAAAGAAGGACAUGCUGCAACAUUUCCACAGCCUGUUCAACGCAGUCUUACCUGAUAUAAAAUUCACGAGGGAAGAAGAACAGGAACAGCAGUUGCCCUUCCUGGAUGUACUCGAAACCUUAACGGUGAACUUGAAACGACUGUUUAUAGGAAGGAUACGAACACCACACAGCUUCUCAGUUUUCACAGCAACCAUCCGGUGGCUCACAAACGAAGGUGUGGGAAGACGCUCUUCAAACGGAUCCAAAGUCAUUGCAGCAAACCGGAGGACAGAGCACGUGAGGCCCGUUAUAUCCGUGACCAGUUUGUGCAAAAUGGCUAUCCGAGGGCAUUCAUAAGUCGCUGUCUACGCGGUCGCCACCAGAGAACUCGAACAUCAACGCCACCGACGAUAUGGCAUUCUCUGCCAUAAAUCAAGGGUGUUUCAGAAGCUACCGAGAGCAUUGCUGCGGAGCUAGGUGUUGGAAUUGCACACCGCCCCAAAGCCACCAUGCGCAGCAGAGUCACGAAAAUCAAAGACCGGCUAAAACCUGAAGAGCAAUCUGGAGUAGUGCAUCGCACUCCGAGUUAAAAUUGUCCUUGUAACUACACAGGACAGACUGGACGCAUGCUUGGAUCGCGCAUACACGAACAUAGGCUGGCUGUGCGGCGAGGCGACACAUUAUCACAAGUGGCCGCCCACACCUACGAAAUGGGUCACGAGUUUGACUUCGCAGCCACCAACAUAGUCGCCCACGCCGGAAACAAGACAGGCCGAGAAUUGAUUGAAGCCUGGGCCUCGGAUGAAAACUCGGUCAAUCAAUUUAUCGAUCUGACGCCAGCGUACAGAGCCCUUCGUAAUCACCUCCAGCCGUGCGACGUCGGUCGAUGAUUGGGCCUACGUGCCUUAUAACUGUCGCCUAUCCUGUUUCUGCUACUACCUCUGACGAUGGACUCCUAUACGAGUCUGAAGGCUCAGGAUAAUAAACGAAGUGUUCCGGUGCUCGACUCUUCUUCGUCUUCACUUAUGCAUACACCUGGAACUCGAAAUUUCGCCUUCAUUUUUAAAGAGAAUUUGGCGAGUAUACGCGUGCUUUCGAUGAAUUCUCAUCAGGCCUGAACAUUUACAUGGGAACGAGAUACAGACUGUAACGUGUGUGCGAUAAGAACAAUCGAUCGAGGUUCGCCUUUUCAUGCAAACGGGGUAUGUGAACUGAGGCGAGGAAAGAGAGGGGAGAGGAGGCGGUAAGGGACAGUGAGGCUUGGGAAAAGCCGUGUCACAGGGGGGGAGAGGGGACGGGGUCGCGAAAACAAGCAUGCGGUUAAUCGAUACUUGCCCACGGCAGACGCAGAGAGUGUAAAAGGUACUUUUGCUUGCACAGGACCGCCCCCUGUAGCCUGACGGCAGUCGCUUCUUUCGUUUCUGGUAAACGCUGACCCAGACGCUUGGCAUAGUUAGGCGAGACCUUGCAAAUCCCACAGAAAGCUUCGUUGGGACCCACACGAUGUCCAGUAUCAACCACGUGUGCGAGGAGGGAGCUGUGUAUGCUCCUACCUUCACCUUUCCUCAGCCACGCCGACCCGUACGACCAGUGUGGCCCGCUCCACGGGGGCAAUUAAAGGAGUAAAUGCACAUGGGUGUGGUCUGAGCUGGUAGCUCAGCCUUACCUUCCUCUCGUAAUAUGGGAUUGGUCGAAAACAAUACUUGAACUCUUGCUGCCGGGAAGGUUCGGGAAAAGGCUUGGUCAAGGCGCCUUCUCAGGAGUUGGCUUACCGCGUCUCCUUGAAACGGGGACUUUGGGGAACAGGGUUCUCUUUUCUGCCGACUGCCACAGAGGCCGGUCCUGUGCGCGCAGAAGAACCUCAUGCACGCUCCGCGUCUGCCAUAGGCUGAGAUCGAUUAAUUGUAAGCCUGUUUCUGCUCCCCUUCCUCCCUUGUGAUACUGCUCUACUUAACCCUCACUGCCACUUACUGCCUCCCCUCCCCCCUCCCCCCUCUGUUCACAUAUCCUCUUUUCAUGAAAAGAUGAACCGUAAUCGAUUGCUCUUAUGACUCACACGUUUCAGUUUGUACCUCGUUCCCAUAUAAAUGUACAGACCCGUAGAGGAUUUAUCGAAAGCACGCGUAUGCUCGCCAAAUGCCCUUCCGAAUUGCUUCAAAGGCAUUUUCGCAAAAAUAGUAAAGUUUAAGCAAUGUAGGUCCCUUCCUCUCGCAUGCGAAGGACACAGCCACAGACAAAAAGCAUAGGUGAUGGAAUAACAGGAAAGCUACGGCGCACACUGGAGUGUUGUUGAGCAGUCAAAUAUCUUGAGGUUACACACCGGAGAUAUGGAAAAUGACCGUAGCAUAUGUUGGGUAUUUGCUGAAUACCUCUGCUGUAAUAGGCUGAUGCGAGUUUCCGAACUGAGUGUAGUCUUCAUAUUACUAGAAUUAAUAAUCCGGGUGAUUUCGUGAAAGGUUUUUACGAAAAACUAUCUUACGCCGUUCUUAAACAGCGUCGGCUCUUAUAAGUGGGUAAAUUUGAACCAUCAUCGUCAUUAUAAGGUGUCCUCGCACGACUGAGAAGCGGCCCCCUAUCUCCUCAUUUAUAAAAAAUCUGAAAUAGGACCGAAUAUUCAGUAAUUGCAGUUCUACUGGCCGCAUUAAUUUCCCUAUUUUAAUUAACCCACUGUAAUUAAAAGAUUCUCUAUUUAUUCGAAAGAUUAGCUAACAUCCAUUUAUGAGAGAAAUAAAGACAGUCUGGAACUGGCAAAGGAACCAGAAUUUGUUGUUUUGAUUGACGAUAUAGCGUCAAAAUAGACGGUCUGCGGGUGAAAUUUAUUUAAACAGAUGUGGGCGUGUGAGAAAAUACGACUACAACGUGGGCGGCUUUGUUUUUCCUUGACGCCAUUGCUGAUUUAUUUGGAUUUUGAAAAUCCCCAAGAAGCUGUGAUGCAGCGUGGUUCAAAUAAACACUUUUUUCUACAAAUCAGCCGAUGGCACUUUCAUUGGAUGAAAAGUGCGGUUUCUCCACAUCCGUCUUUCCGUACGCAUGCACUGCAUCAACGAGACGGUUUUCGCUGUUCUUGAGCAAAUCCUAUUAAAAAUAGCAUCUUCGCAUCAUAAAGACAUCGGGUUUAGGCUUUUCCAAUUUUUUUUUCAAUGCGCCCCACUAAAUCACCCGGGUGUCAAAAAUAGCGGAAGCAGAAUACGGCAAUCCAAUGAGAGACAAACCGGAAAUUUGAGGAAGCAUAUGCUACUUAGUAACUUAUAGUAGCUCCUCUACGUUAACUAAAUGAGCGCCGAAUAGACUGUUUUACGAGUGUGCAAAUUAACAGGGGAAAGAUAUGUAACAGUGAAAAUUAACUGCAGGGCUAGGGCAUAGCUGCCUACUAGCAACCCAUAAGAAAUCACCUAGUGAGUUACUUGUAUUACAUAGUGAAAGUCGUUCUUUAUGACCUGCAUUAAAAAAGUUUUAGCAUGUCUUAUUUACCGUGGCAUUUCACACGUAAUUCGACAAGGAAAGAAGCCAAGUAAAUUCCGAGCUAUCGCUUACUAACAGUCAGAGAUCGCGUGGUUAACUGACAAAAUCUAGACAUUUGACACAAAUUUGUCCUUCGAAGAAGGCAAUCCUGCGUCCGUUUGUCCUGCCCGGCUGACUGUGUUAACAUGUAACACUCGUAGAGAACUCGUAGGUUACCUGACAACUGCAUAGUCGCCUGACUGUAUGUAAUGCAACCGAUCCGAAUCCCAGUAUAAGGUGACGUAUUUUGGCAAAUUUGUCACUUUUAGUACUGUCGGUUUAGGCUGUACGCGUACCUAUAAAUUCAGUUUCAUGACACUGUUCCGAGGUUUCUGAAGAAAGAUAUGUUUGAACGUAGACGACCUUAUAAAGGAUUAACAUCCAUUGGCAAAAUUCCCACUAAAGACUUACUAAUAACAUAAGGUUCCAGUUAUUUGAACCGGUUUAAAAUACCCCGCAGUGGAAACGGUAGGCUGAAGGGCCACAAAUAGCUGUUGGUUGACUGUCGGCCGUGGCAUAGGGGAUUGGUUUUACCGCCUUCCAGGGUCUUCUACCUGCCAGGAUUUUUCCACCCUGUGAUUAUUUAAGUGAACAAAGCAGUCGCCUUUGGACAGAUCCUCCCCGAAUCCACAAACUACGAAGUAACCGCCUACCUGCAGAGGUGGCCGCGAUGCACCCCUUUCAGCAUGUGCCAACAGGCCUGUAAGGCACCUGCAGUCGAAGGAGGACUCGUUGACACGUGACUGUUCGACUCCAAUAGGGCUCGCACAGGUCUACACUCACCAGCGUAUCAUACAGCAGUCAUACUCCUAACACCAAUUAUGAAAAAGAACGCGUCGCGGCCAGCGUUAUCGUCUGUCUCGCCCAGGGAGAUGCCUAAAGGCUCCUGGCAGGACUUGCACGCGUCCACACUCACUAACACGUCGUCAGCACACUGUCCGGCUUGGUAUCCCAUCCCCCAAAAUUUGCCAUCACACCAAUCCCAUAUGACACGAUACACAGGCUACCCAUAGCUAAUUGAGAUUCUUCGGGAAAGUUGGUAAUUUCAUAGAUAAGAUGUGGUUAUGUAGCCUCACCUGAUGAACACAAUAUUGUUGGGGUUGAUGCUAGGGGUUAGGGGUCCGACUUAGAGUAAGGGUGUUUAGGACAAGUAUUUCUCAACCACUGAAAUCACAACUGCUCAUUCUCAAUAGCCUUUCGGCAACGGUAUAAAGAAGGACCCCGCUUAACUGUCAGUAGACUGCCGAUCGUGCCAUGCGUGAUUUAUGGUAAGGGGAGUUUUAUGGAUGCGGCAGAACGCUAGAUUGCAAGCUGGCAAAAUAAAAAAAACACAGGAGUUGCCUGGAUUCAUGCCGAAAGUCUUACCCUACGCUAUUUUACGACAACGGAAGUGGGAGUAGUAGUAAAACAAAAAAAACAAAAUGUAAAUUACACAAAAAACGGAUUUUGAGUUAAGGUGUGAGGUAGUGGGAAGUAAUCGCUGUUAGCAGUGUGCUUUCCGUAACAGCUUGCAAAUGUGUGCCACGGUAAAGCCCCAUAUGACACGAUCCACAGUCUGCUGACAGUUAAGUGGGACCGUUCUCUAUACCUUUGCCGACACUUCAACCUACCGUUGUCCCUCAGAGACUUCCCACAUUGUAGUACAAGUUAAAAACUGUUUUUUACUCAACAGACACCUGCGUAGACUGCUUCUGGUCCACGGACAUUGGAAUUACUACCGGAUGAGCCUAAUGGCCCUCCUCUUCUAUCACAAGUGCAUCGCUCUGGUUGCAGCCCAGAUCUACCAACUUGUCUUUAGUGGAUUCUCCGCUCAACCCCUCUACGACAGUCUCCUCUAUGCCCUCUACAACCUCACCAUGACCUCCUGCAGCAUUUGUGCGUUUGGACUCUUUGAAAGACAUCUCAACGGGACCGACCUCAUGCGCUAUCCCUUCCUCUACAGCCUGGUAGGUUGCCGGUUCUGCUGGAAGCAAUUCGUUCUUCAAGGGCUAAGAUGUUUGCGACUUGCAAAUAAGCGCUUUCCACUGAGAAGUCUGACUAACGGUCUAAUAGCAUUAAAGCCCUUGUGGGUUAGCUGUGGUUAUGUAGCCCCCCUCCCCCUGAAGUAAACCAGCCACCUCUAAUAAGGGACCGGUUGUAAUAGGGGUCGGGGAACGCACAGGUGACGAUGUCGAGUAGUUAUAUACAAAGGAAAAGCCGUUUGGAAUGCGAAGUUGUAAUUUGAGUGGUUGAGAAAUAGAUGUUCUUACCUACUGACUCAAGUCCCUAACCCUAACCCUUUCACAAGGUUUCUAAAGAAAAUUCGACGUUUUUGCUUUUCUGCGACCUUAAAUACUUCCUUACAACCUCGCUCUAACUUCCGGCAACUAUCUAAACACGUUAUUCAUCCCCCAAACGGACGUCUGUUCCGCUAAGGUCGUAAUUUAUUCUUCAAAGCCGAAGAGGCCUGUAAACAUACCGAGAACUGUGGUUAUCUAGUGUGGUUACCCCACUCUAAACCAUUCGUUUCGUAUGGAGACGGCUUAGUGCAGCCAAUUGGAAAAUUCGCAAGUAUAUACCGAUUUUUAGACGGGCCUUUUUAGAUAUGCAUAUGCCUUUCUAAAAUAUCGCUUACAUCUUAGCAGCAAAAACAGCUGCACAAUGUCAAAUGACCGAAAUACUCCUGUAAAUUAUAUCAUCCACAUUACAUGGGACACACUCUCCUACGAGGGUACUAUGGAAAAUAAAUGUUUUACGUAUCUAAUAUCAGAAAUAUGAUUUUGUUGAUAGAAGCGAACAGGCGAGUCCCAGGUAGCAGUUCCGAAGAUGAAGAUGCGAUCACUGGGACAAGAAGUUUAUUUGCCUGACGUUUCGGAUUCACACUCGAACCCAUCAUCAGAGACAUUCGCAGAUAGAGGUGAAGGUGGCACCAGGAUUGCAGUAUUUAUAGCACGUGGCUGCCGUGGGACCGUAUGCGCACUGCAAUUAACAGUUCUCACAAUCGCCGCUGGGGUCGUAAUUGAUGCGGCGGUGGCUUGGCGGUCCGAGUCCGAGUUGUUAAUUGCCGCGAUUUCGUCAUCCGUGCUCGAUGCUGGUGUGACGAUUGCUCGGCAAACUGGCUCACUGUCACCGUGAUAAUUGCUCACCCGCGCCCUCCCCACGUGACUGAUUCUCCUGCCCAGGGAAAAUCGCAAAACGGAAUAGGCCACCGGGAGGUCAUUGUGUUUGUUGAUGGAUUGCGGGCCUGAGAACCAUGACUCGAGCAGCUCGCGGCUCACGCGGUUGUCAGCCCUUGCGAGGAUUUCGGCCUCUUGAAAUUUGAAAUUAUGGCCGGGUCCCGUCGAGUGUGCCGCCACCUGAGAGUUAGCGUCUCCCCGCCUCACUGCUGCUGCGUGCUCGGCAAGUCGCGUACGGAGUAAUCUCCCAGUUUCUCCGACAUAAUUGCUUUGUCCGCAACUACACCAGAUCCGGUAAACGACUCCAGACGUUUCCUGCCGUGGCAGCGGGUCUUUUGGCCUCAUUACUUGGCGCCUAAUGGUUGCUUCCGGCCUGUGUGCAACCCCAACUCCAAGUGGAGUGAGAAGACGACUGACGGCUUCCGAGACGUUCUUCACGUACGGAAGAGCCCGCCAAAAUUUGGGGUUAGUUGGAUUUGGUCUCUGGUGUCCUUUUCGUAUGCACUGGUUGACAAAGUUGCGCGGGUAACCAUUGGCUCUCAUUACCCGUCGAAGAUAUUGUAAUUCAGCAACCUUGUCUUCCAUUUCACUGCAGUGCGUCUCAACACGCCGGUAUAGCGCCCUUACGCAACUGCGUUUGUGACUGAUCGGGUGGUUGCUAUUGAAGUUCAGUAUUUGCGUCGUAUUUGUCGCUUUCCUGAACACUUUGGUUUUUAGGCCACCACAAUCUUUGCGGCAGACGAGGACAUCCAGGAAGGCCAGCUGAUUGUUUUCCUCCUCCUCCAUCGUAAAUUGAAUGUCCGGGAAGACGGCGUUGAGUUGUUCUAUAAAUACUGCACUCCUGGUGCCACCUUCACCUCUAUCUGCAAACGUCUCUGAUGAUGGGUUCGAGUGUGAAUCCGAAACGUCAGGCAAAUAAACUUCUUGUCCCAGUGAUCGCAUCUUCAUCUUCUAAAUAUGAUUUUAUUCGCACAAUCUCUUUUAAAGCCCAAAAGAAGUGCACAAGACUUUGGCAGCCAUUUCCGAGUCGAACUUAUAUGAGUGGCUGAAAGGGGGUUCAAUCAAAGACCAACAUUCCUCUUUUUCGAUGCAGGCAGAUAAGGGCUCGACCGCUGAAGCCCCUAUCUUCUCAUUCUAGUGGAUUGAUGACUCUGGGAUUAAGUUUCCUAUUAAUGAAUACCGCCACCCCAACUGGGCUGCCUUCUUAUUUUCAUCAUGUGGUUCAUGUUUUAUGACGCUUGGCGCGUUGUGUGGCAAAUCUAGCAAUGGGUGGGGCGUUGGCAUAUGUUUCUGCAUUGCCAAAUGUGCCCCGUUUGAUGCCAAACAUUUUUCUGUCCUACAGACAUUUUAUUCUUAGAAUGAGGGGGUGGUAGAUGAUAAUUCUGUAUUUUUAACCCAAUGACGUCCUCAGAGGUGGUCGUGAAACUUUAUUUCCCCUCUUUCUGAUACCUUAAGGCAAUAGCCAUUUAGCUGCUAGAGGUGGCAUGAUAUAUUUCUAUUGUAGCCCGCGCCGCAUCAAAUGCAGGCCAGUUUAUGGAUUAGGUUGCAGAAUGAGUCCAGCUUAGGUGCGCCAACUGGGUGGUUGUUUUUGUCUCUCCUACUCCGUACAUGAAGUGAAAUAGACUUAAAAAUAAAUUCUGUUCGUAAAUUUGGAACCUGUAGCGUUACGCAGUAAACACUACGACUGAACAAGCGGCUUGACGUUGAAUUCCAGGGGGGGGGAAACUAUUAUAGUGUGAUAACUUUAAGUGUUAUUUUAAUGCCAAAAUUAACCCCAACUCUGAACCUCCUAUCCUUACCAUAAACCAUAACCAUAACACCCUGGAAUUUAAAGAUAGACUACCUGUAAUUCUGGGAGACAUAAUCUCCUGUACAAUCGAGGUAAUGACACAAAAGUAAGGCCAAAGAUUUACGUGGAGGCAGUCUUUAUGCGGCGGGAGAAAUCGGACCUAUGUAAACAGUUAGAGCACGUGGUCAACCUCAGCUUGCAUCGGUAGAUCUGAGCUCUUUGAUUUACGAAAUCCCCCGACGUGCUAACUUUCCCAUUUUCUUUCCUAUGUUGCGUUUUCAAGUUACGCUUUUAUUGAUUAGUCUACGUGCAGUAUACCAUGAGCUUGCUGUUUUACCUUGAUUUUCCCUGUGGAGGUUCAAACCUCUGUAUCUUUCUUACUUGUUAUCUGUGUUAUGCAACGACAGGCUGCAGUGGAUAAGCCGUCACGAAAUUUACUGGUUCCAAUAAAUUCUGCUGUCUAUGCCUGCUUUAAAUUUAUUAAGGGUAAAUAUUUCUUCAAGUUUCAAGAUAAUAGUUAUCAAAAGUUUCAGAAGCGACAUUUCUACCUCUCCAGCCGAGGCAUUGUUUCCUCCUCGGAUGAAACAACAUAAUGCCGGUUCUGUCCGAAUCCGUGGGCAUCUGUAUCUUGAUCUGGCGCAGUCGAGCGGAUAAAUCGGCAUUUUUAUGAUGGCAACUGAGGACGUCUUUAGUUUGAAUAGGUAAAAUAAGAACUGACAGCGUAUCGGGUCACUACAGUCAGUAACCGAUUUCUUAAAAUGUUAAUAGAAAUUCUCGUAGGUGUCGGAUACGUUCUUCUGAGUUCGGCCACGCACUGUUACUGCAAUUUAUUGACAAUGGAUUAACCCAAAUGAGGUUCGCUUCGGCAGCAUCGCACUCCUGUGAAUCCUACCAUCUUAUCCCCGCAGAUGAGUCGAAAUGCCAACUACAGGCCCUGGUACGUUCUGCUUUGGUGCCUGGACGGUUGGUGGCUGGGCAGUGUCUGCUACUUUGUCGGCUAUUUCAUCCUCGUCGGUGGGGCUGCCUACGCUGAGGCCACAUUUCUGCUGGCUGGGACCUCCUAUGCCGGUGUCGACAUUGACCUCUUCGGCACGGCGAUAUUCCUCUUUCUCACCAUUGCUGUCAACUUCCGACUCUUUGUCAUCACUCGAACCUUCACGCUGGCUCUGAUAAUUGGAAACCUCGCUUUCGGGAUCGGCAACUUUGUUGUCACCUUUGUUUAUCAGGUAAAGUCCCCUUUUAGGCAUUCCGGCACACUUAUUAAGACAUAAAGGAGGAGACUGAGAGUGUUUGGCAUGAGAAAGAAGAGUUAGGCCGUGACCCUGGCCCUAAACGGCCCCGAAUGCUUCCCUUAUCCAAGUUGUCGCAAUCAGGACAAUCCGUUUUUUGAAUAAGUAGGUACUACCCCGCUACCUCCUGCCAAGCGAGGGACAUUUUUUGAGUCUAAAGUUGGUAAACUAACUCAUGAAAUCUCAACAGAAAUUCCGAAAUGCGUUUCCAUUUAGAAGAGAUUAAUUAUGUAGGUUUGCAAAACCAAUUAUUUUUUAGCAUAAUUUUAUAAUCAUUCAGUUAGCCCAGGGCACCGGCUUUAGAGCAAACGUCUUUUCGGCUGCAUCCAAAAACCAUAAUUAGUAAAAUAAUGACCAUUAAAGUAACGCGCAUUUUUGUCAUUGGUUUUCGAUGCACCUAAAUAUUCAAUUUUAUUUCAUGGAAACCAAGCACCAAAUAUUCAUUCCUCUGAUCGUUUGAUAGCAAAUUACUUCUUAUUCUUCCAAUUUUAUACUCAAAGGAAGGCAAUAAUUCAGUUUUAAAUGGUAAAAAUAUGGAUCAAAUUCACUGCAUAAUUUUAUGAACCCUAUAUGGUCCUCCUUUGUUACCGUAGGGAAAUGUGUGGUUUUCUGUAAGCGGAAAAUAUACGGCUUGUAGUUUGGAAACCUUCACUCCAAGUGUAACGCUAGAGCGGAUCCAAAAUUAUUCGGAAAUUUGAAAAGUUUUUGAAAACCGAAUUAUACCCUUCCGUCGAGUGUAAAAUUGAAAAAAAAGAUAUAAUUAUCUACCGAAUGAGCAAAACAAUAAAUAUUUUUUGCAUGUUUUCAAUGAAGUAGAAUUGAAUCUCUAAGGACCUCGAAAAUCAACGAAAAAAAUGCGUGCUAAUUAAGGCGCUUGUUUGAAAGCCGGCGUUUUGAGGUAACUUAUUUAUUAUAGAAUUAUACUGAAGACUGAUUAGCUUUACAGCCCUACUUUAUUAAUCUUUUCGAAACGGAAACACAUAUCUGAAUUUCUGUUGAGAUCUCUUGAGUUAGCCCACUUACUGUAAUUGACAGAUGUGCUCCUUUAAUCAAGAAUUUGGACGAAAAAGAGACCAAAAGUUACGAGAAUUCACUUAGAAUGAAUGCCCGAUUUGAGUGGGAAGCGUUUGAACAUUGACUGUUUACUAUCUGGCUCAUGCCUACUGCCUUGCGGCAGCGUGCGCAAAGAGCGUCCCUCAUAUUACGGCGGCAUUGUGCUACAUUCCAGGAGGGGUAGGUUUAGUGUUGGGGUUAAUGUUAGGACUCCGAAUUCGACGCAAGGCCACUUUUAAUACGGAGGUUCAUCCUGCCUUCCUUCACAUUCUGUCGAGUUUUGUCGAGCAAUUUGGGAACUCAUUAAGUAUGCCGUUGAAGCGGGAGAGAAGAGACAGAGAAAACACCAGCUACGAGCAUUUCGACGACAGCCAUUCAGAGGAAAUCUUUUCAACUCAUCAACGUGACCCAGAUUCUUGAUACGAAUCAAAAUACUCAUAUAAACGUACAAUCAUCUUGAUUUGUGCAAAUUAUCAUGACAUACGUCAGUUUACUCCCGAAGAAAUUGUCAAAAGACUAUGGUCAUUGGAUCGUAUAUUCAAAUAGUUUAACAAUAUUGGUCCAACUGUGCAAACAUUGACGACUCGGUUGGAUUCGAACCCACGCAGUAAGGGGAAGGCUUUAGUACAGCCAGCGCUCUAACCACUUGAGCUACGAGGCCCUGCCGGACGACGCGAGUUUAAUCAAUUUGGGUCAAGUUACCCGCCCAACCUACUGAAACGCCUAGAAUGAAUUAUUAAACAUCUGUCAAAAUAUCUAUGAAUUACCUGAGCCUGGUAGUCAUCUGGUGGAUUCUAGGUGAAUUACUUAGGAAAUCCUGCUUGGGCAGUCAACUUACUGUAUCGGAUUUGGUGGAUUCCAGACGCUGCAGUAGGUUGGAUGGGUAACUUGACCCAAAUGCAACUGAACUCGUGUCAUCCGAUGGGGCCUCGUUCCUCAAGUGGUUAGAGCGUUGACUGUACUAAAGCCUUCCUUCUUACUGUGAGGGUUCGUAUCACACCGAGGGACCGAGUUUUUCACAGUUGGCUCAAUAUGAAUUAAUCAAAAUCUGCCACAAUAUCUAUGAAAUAAUUUAUUGGUAGAAAGACCAACGAUCUGGGCAGAAUUCGAGCCUGCGACCUUCCAACCUGAGUUAAGAAGACCUGACACACGGUCAUGCGAUUUUCACAUUUGAGCCGCCCCUCGCUUGUGUUAGAGCUGGUGCAGUCUAUACGCCGCAGGGUUUUAGACGGCCGCCUUAGCCAACGUGAGCAAUUCUCAGGGCUUUGGAGCGGAGUCAUUUAGCUCAGGUGUCUAGAGCGCGGUCGUACUGAAGCCAUACCCCUACAAGAUCGGCUGUUACUCCGGCUCGGCCGCAGAGAGCUGCACGAUAAGGUUCGUGGAACCACUCAAAUCCGUCAAAAACACCUGUUAGAUUCCAUUCUUCCCAGAUCUUUUCUGGAGUAAGAAGUAGUUAUGAGCUCUGAAAAUUGUGGUUAUUGUUAUUCUACUGAAACGGUAUUUGUUAAAGCUUUGGAAUUUGAAUUAGCAACGCCGGGAAAAACAGGGGGGUGGGGCAAGCAUACAGUAAAACUCUGACAAAAUUUGAAAAAUCCAGGUCUUUGCUUGAAACAUAAAGGUUUAUAUUUGUACAGGAUGAAUAAUAACUACAAACUCGUUAUAAAUAAUUAUGGGGAGCAGUUGUCUCAGUUAGUAGGGAAAACCUGCAGUAGCUGACUUAAUCCACAGCUUAGUGACUUAAGUUCGGACAUGUGCUUUUAAUGUGACAAAAUGUAUUAAGAAUGGAUCGGAAUUUCGACUACCAUACCGUCUAGACCAAAGUUAUUACGGUGCGUUGGAAGUCGGACUUUCGAAUGAAGUCCUAUCCGGCCUUCUGCAGAAGUACCACUGGGUAAAAAUAGCUACUUAACUGGCAGGAAUUGUUCUCACUAUCUGCCGAUUUUCUUUUAAGUUCAAGCAUAGAAAAACGAGCUCAUCAUAUUUCACCCCGUAUUGAUUUGGCAGGUCACGUCUCCUUAAAAUUUUGUGUGUACGAAAACUGUUAUCUAUCGAUUUCAAAAACUGUUUUUAAUUCCCAGGUAAUUUUGAACUCCGUUUAGUAAAAAAGUACCAGCUUAAUAUUCUUUGUGCAAAUUUAGUCAGCCCUAAAUUCAGGUGUAACGGUUGGAGAAAGGGGUUUAACAUUAUUCGGAAAUUGGAAAAGUUUUUAAAAACCGAAUUAUACUCUUCCUUCGAGUAUAAGAUUGGGAGAAGACGCAAUUGUCCACCGAAUGAGCAAAAGAAUGAAUAUUUUUUAUGCAUCCUUUCCAUGAUAUAAAAUUAAAUAUUUAAGGUGCAUUUAAAAUCAAUGAGAAAUAUUCAUUCUAUAUAAGUAGUCAUUUUUACAGAGUGCAGUUUUUCCAUGCAGUCGGAAGGAAGUUCCCUCAAAAUUGACAUCCUGUGGUAACUGAAAUAUUAAAAAACUAUGUUGCAGGCACACUAGUUUUACAAUCCUAGUUCAUUAAGCUUUUCGAAACGAAAACGCAUUUCGGAAGUUUGGUUGACAUUUCAGGAGUUAGCCCACCUACUGUAAGCGGAUCGGUAUGAUGCAUUUUGAAGGAAAUUUAAAUGUCGUUGCCUCUCCACAGUCUCGGUAGUAGUUUAACGGCAGUCUUGCCUAAAAGAUUAGCAUUCGCACACCGACAUUUUUUUCUGAGAAAACUGGAGAUUGGAGACCAGAGACAUCCCCAUGUGAAGUGGCGUCUUCUGUCUCCCUUUUCAACGAUUGGUUCCUGGAACUUCACAGAUUUCCCAUACGCUGGUAUGACUAUCAGAUUGGGAUACGGCCAGUCAUCACCUUAAACCAGCGACUUGCUCACACUCGUCUUAUGUGUCUGAAUAGUCAAAUCAACCCACUGUCAAGGCACCAGUCCUGGUUGGUCUAGCAUGCAAAGUGAAAAUGUUCAUGAAUGUUUCAUAAUUGUUCUUUGUAAGACAUAAGAAGCUAGGUGGUCGCCUUAAUUGCCCGUUGUCAAUUUUCUGCCGAACACUCUCAUCUACUGUGUCCAGCCGGGGUAGAGAUACCCCUAGACAUUAAACGCAUCUUAGCAAUGCACAGAUCCCCCCAUUUGACCUCGGAAUUCAAUCCGACCAAAACAUCAUCCGACCAAAACUCUUGUAUUCGAGGGGCGCUUAGUGAACCUUAAGAUAUGGCAUGCGUUAUCCGCAUUAUUCUGUCUUAUCACUAGCCACGAUUACCCCACUUUAUUGAAAACCCCCUUUGCCUUCAUUUCUGUACCCAGAGAGUGACUAGUUCGAGUUCAGCCUUCUACAUGAACCUCUCCUAUCUGGCUCUCUGUCCAGCUUUCUGGUUGGCAAUACCGCUAACCCUAGUCCUCGCUCUGCUGCCGGAUCUGCUCUGGAGACUGGGAUCGGAUAUUUGGUGGGCUCAGAAGAUCAGCCUGAGUUCUGAAAACGGCCAACACGGAGUUCUGAGCACAAGUCCUGGACCUGGCUUCGCAGAGCUUUAA